AUGAAAAAGUUGAGAAUGCUCAUUUUGCUUGGAGGACAUAUCUCUUCACAAGCUCAAGUACGUCUUCCUAAUGAGCUAAGAUGGCUUCAAUGGCCCAAUGCCCCGAAUCUAGAAUUUGGCUCUGGUCUAAAUAAACUUGAGAGACUCAACGUCCCGAAAAGUCAUAUCAAACAAUUAGGGGGCAACUCUCAGAAUUUUAGCAAGCUGAAGUCCAUCGAUUUCAGUGGAUGCGAGUCCCUGGUUAGUAUUCACGACCUAUCAUCGGCUCCAAAUAUGGAGAAAUUGAUUCUUAACUUGUGUGAGAACUUGGUGGAGGUUCACCCAUCCAUUGGAGAUCUUGUCAAGCUGGAAGUUUUGUCGCUACGUUCGUGCUCUAAUCUUAGAAAUUUUCCUAACACGCUGAAGACUAUAUCUCUUCAUACCCUUACGCUCUAUGGUUGCUCUAAACUUGAGAAGUUCCCAGAUAUAGACGGAAAGAUGGAACAUCUAAAAGCACUUGAUCUACGUGGGACAGCUAUUGAAGAACUCCCUGCAUCAAUUGAAAAUCUUGUCUCUGUGGAGUCGAUGACUUUAGCAUUUUGCAAAAACCUCAUGAGGCUUCCGUCGCACAUUUAUAAGUUGAAAAAUCUCGAGACCUUUGAUCUUGGGGGCUGCUCGAAUUUAAUUACGUUUCCAAAAAACAUGGAGGAUUCAACUAACCCUGAUGGCUGUCUGGGAUUCCGAAGACUACGCUACCUACGCCUUUAUGGCUGCAAUCUAUCAGAAGUAGAGUUCCUUGAGAGUUUUUCCAGUUUUUCCGCAUUGGAGUUUCUACACCUUGAAUAUAACAAGUUUGCUCAUAUGCCGACAUGCAUCAACAAGUACUAUUGUUUGCGCUCAUUGAAUGUUAGGGGAUGCGAGGAACUACAAGAGAUUCCUCAGCUCCCACCAAAUAUAGAUUAUCUAUUUGCAGAUUGUUGCAAAUCUCUGCAAAAACUCCCAGAUUUGUGGGGUCAGCCCUCCCGCACCUCGUUUGUUGACUUGGCUUCAUGUUGUGAAUUAUUCCGCAAAGGGGUCAGUAUGGAUGAUGUGGCUAAUGUGUCAUUACUCGAGAAACUGCCAAAGAUGAAAGUUGACGUCGACAUUGUCCUAAUUGGAAGAGAGAUGCCUAAAUGGAUUCUCCCCUGUGAAGAGGAUUCCAUAUCUUUCAUGGUUUCCCGGGACUUGUAUGACAAAUUCAAAGGACUAGCAUUAUGUGCUGUUCUCAGCCCGGAGGAAGGAAAAGUGAUCCGUUCAUGUGGUCUCACGGUACUUGUUAAUGGCCAAAGGGUGAUAGAGGGCACGAGAUGUCUUUUUGCGAUGGAAUCUGACCAUGUGUGGCUUAGUUGUCGGUUAAAGAGAUUUAAGGAUAGACUGCUAAAGGAUUGGAACCAUUUCCAAGUUUGCCUCAGAGCAGAGGAAGGAAGCAUAAAGAAGCGUGGAUUCCGUAUACUAAGCGAGAAAAAGGAGGAUGAUUUGAGGGUGGUGUUCCCAGCACCAUCAACUGAUAGAAAUUAA